CUAACUAAUUUCCCCUCCAUUUUUCAUGUAUCUUUAAUUAUAGUAUAUAAUUAAUUAAUUUGAUAUCUUGAUUUUUCCCAUAAAAUCUACCACAAGCGAUUGAAGGUAGAUUAUUUUCAUAUGACAAAUGAGAAGCAAACCAAAAUGGAUGAUGUUCCCAUUUUGGGGGUAAGUUUCUCGAUCGAUGUUAUCUUGAAUCAAUCAGCUGGUUUGUAUAUCCUCUUGAUUUUGUGACUAGAUAUUUAUUAUAUCUAUCAACAAACUGGGAAUUAAGAAAAAGCUAGCUAGCUGGUUGGCCGUGAAACAAUGAGGGGUAGUGGUCAGAGAUCACAAGGCCGCCGCCGUGAUCAAGGAAAUAAUAAUAAAAACGCUGCUGAAGAUGAAGAAUCAUCAACAACAAGGAAUAAUAAGAGAGACCCAUAUGAGGUCCUUGGCGUUUCUCCGACCUCCUCGGAUCAACAAAUCAAAACUGCUUACCGUAAGCUGGCCUUAAAGUACCAUCCUGACAAAAAUGGAAACGACCCUAAAGCAGCUGAUAUGUUUAACGAAAUUACUUAUUCUUAUAACAUACUUUCUGAUCGAAAUAAACGCCAACAAUAUGACAGCGCCGGUUUUGAAGCUAUUGAAUCUGAAAGUCAAGAUUUGGAGUUAGAUCUUUCAAGUUUGGGUGCUAUGACUACCAUGGUUGCUGCGAUUUUCAGCAAACUUGGAGUGCCAAUAAAAACUCUUGUAUCAGCGGCCGUAUUGGAAGAGGCAAUAAAUGGUACAGUCCCUACCCUUCCACUUGCUUUGGGCAAACCUGUUUCUAGAAAGGUGGAAAAGCAAUGUGCUCAUUUCUAUUCUAUUAGGAUAACAGAGAAGGAAGCACGGGCUGGAAUAGUUUGUCGAGUACAUUCUGUAGAAAAGAGCAAAUUUAAGCUUUUGUAUUUUGAUCGGGACGAAAAUGGAGGACUGAAUCUCGCUCUGCAGGAAGAUAGCACAAAAAAGGGCAAGACGAUGGCUGCUGGGAUGUAUUUCCUUGGUUUCCCAGUCUAUAGAUUGGAUCAACAAUCGAUCACAAUGGCUAAGAAGGAUCCAGAUACUGCUUUCUUCAAAAAGCUCGAAGGAUUUCAGCCAUGUGAAAUUACAGAACUAAGAGCCGGUGUUCAUACAUUUGCUGUUUAUGGUGAUAAUUUCUAUAAAAGUGCUAGCUACACAAUUGAAGUCCUUUCUACAGCUUCUUUUGUUAAUGAGAAGGAGAAUCUCCGUGCAAUUGAUGCUCACAUAACUACAAAACGGACAGAGAUCUGUAAAUUUGAAACAGAAUACAGACAGGUUCUUGCACAGUUUACAGAGAUGACUGGCAGAUACAAGAAAGAAAUGCAAGCGAUAGAUGAGCUUCUUAAGAGAAGAAACGAAAUACAAGCGGCAUACACAACCACCCCACAAACAAUAAAGCGUGGUAGUAGUAGCAAUAAACGGGUAAUGUUAAAAGAAGAAGAUAAGAAGGCAUCCAUACAGGACGGAUCAACAAAGAAGAAGUGGUAUAAUAUCCAUGUGAAGAUGGACAAGAAAAAGCCUUGAUAUGUAUGAUGAAUCUCUGAAAAGGCAGGCUAGCUAGAUCUGUCUAGUCUUGUGUUGGCAGCAGUACCGAUCCACAUACACAAAGACAAAACUCAUCGACCUAGGCUGGUUAUAUGUGCAUAUCAUCGCUAGUUGAAGUACAUACAAUCGAUCAAUCAAGCAGGUUGGCUAUAUAAUUUGUACAAAUGACAAGCGCCCGGUUGAUUGAAAAUAUAUCCACGUACGUACUCGGGUUGGAUGUAAAGCUAAGUAGCUGUAAGAUUCUUUCUCAGCUCCUUAAUUUGUCCGUCAUGUAUUUUUGUACUCUAUGUUUUGGGUAUUUCAAAACAAUAUCCAUACCUAUAUCUCUAUAUCGGAGUAUUAACUAAUUAAACUUUCAAACUGUAACA